GCUCCGCGGACCUGCUGACUGAAGACCGAUAUGGCGGCCACUCUGGGCAGCGGGGAGCGCUGGACCCAAGCUUACAUUGAUGCAAUCAGAAGAAACAAAUACCCAGAUGACAGACGAGCUGAAGGCCCUGAUCCCUGUGCUUGCUGUAACUGCAUGAAGGCACAAAAGGAAAAAAAGUCUGAGAAUGAAUGGACUCAGAGCCGGCAGGGAGAUGGGAACUCCACUUACACAGAGGAACAGCUACUUGGAGUACAAAGAAUCAAGAAGUGCAGAAAUUACUAUGAAAUUCUGGGUGUUUCUCGCAAUGCCAGCGAUGAAGAGCUUAAGAAAGCUUACAGGAAGCUUGCCCUCAAGUUUCACCCCGACAAGAACUGCGCUCCUGGAGCAACAGACGCCUUCAAAGCAAUAGGAAAUGCCUUUGCGGUUCUGAGCAAUCCCGACAAGAGACUCCGCUAUGAUGCGUAUGGAGAUGAGCAGGUGACUUUCACUGCACCUCGAGCCAGAUCUUAUCAUUACUACAGAGAUUUUGAAGCUGACAUCUCUCCAGAGGAACUAUUUAAUGUGUUCUUCGGGGGACAUUUCCCUUCAGGAAAUAUUCACAUGUUCUCAAACGUGACAGAUGACAGUCACUUUUACCGCAAGCGGCACCGCCAUGAAAGGACACAGACACACAAGAGAGAGGAAGAAGACAAACCUCAGUCGCCGUAUUCCGCGUUUGUUCAGCUGCUUCCAGUCCUGGUGAUUGUGAUCAUCUCUGCCAUCACUCAGCUGCUGGCUGCCAACCCCCCAUAUAGCCUAUUCUACAAAUCAACCUUGGGCUACACCAUUUCUAGAGAAACGCAGAACUUGCAGGUGCCUUACUUUGUGGAUAAAAACUUCGACAAGGCCUACAAAGGGGCUUCUCUUCGUGACCUGGAGAAAACAAUAGAGAAAGAUUAUAUCGAUUACACCCAGACAAGUUGUUGGAAGGAGAAACAGCAAAAGUCGGAGCUGACCAACUUGGCAGGGCUGUACAGAGAUGAGCGACUUCGGCAGAAAGCGGAGUCGAUGAAACUCGAGAACUGUGAGAAACUUUCCAAGCUCAUCGGUCUCCGAAGGGGUGGCUGAGAGGACCAUGCCCUGCUCAGGGUGGGCUUUCUUACCUGUUACUUUUACAUUGCAAAUUCCACUGUAUAAUACAAGUUAGGAAACGGUGAGCGUGCUACUACCUGCUGACUUUGUUGGGCAGAGCUGCAGCAGAUGGAGCUACAUCUGUCCCCACCCGGUUCUUCGCCAGGCUAGGCUCCCAGGGCAGGAACACUGUCUGAGUUACACAAAUGGUAAAUUUUGGACCCAGCUCCUCCGUGAACAUAGGCCAGGGCAUUCCAGAGAAGGUCCACCUUUCUUUCUUCAUCCUCUCCGCAGCAAAAGCCCACUACCAAGGUACCUCCAGGCAUCGCCAGUGCGCUUCAGGGUAUUGAUGGUGUCUACCAAGAACUAGACCUCUCCCUGCUGCAAAAAUCACCAUCUUUUCAGUUUUCCCAUUCCCUAAGGACAGCAUAGAGAAAUGGAAUUAUUUAGGCAAUUCUUCAGUGUUGUCCAUAUUUCUGUUGAGUCAGGAACAUGAGCAAAUUGCCUGAUUUGAUUUUUUUUUUUUUCUUUUUUGAGAGAAGGGCUUAUUCUGUAGCUCAGACUAGCCUGGAACUCACUGUAUAGUCCAAGCUGGCCUUGAAUUUGCAACGAUCCUGCUGUCUGAGUCUCUUGAGUGCUGGAAUAACAGGUAUGAGCCACCAUACCCAGUGAGGUUCCUUUUAUUUCCUUAGUCAUCUCUUUGAGAAGGUCUGGAAAGUAAUACCUGUUGAGCAGGCUGGACAUGGUGGCACACACCUUCAAUCUUAGCACUCAGGAGGCAAAGGCAUGGCAGCCUGGACUACACUGCAAGUUCUAGACCAGCCAGUUACAUAAUGCGACCUUGCCUCAAAAAAAAGAAACAAAACAAACAAACAAACAAACAAAUGUGUUGCUGUAAAACAGUUCAGUGGCCAGUUCUUCAGCAGCAGGAAGCAGGGGUAAGGGAGAAGGUAAAAUACAAGACUGUCAGAUCCUCAGUGUCGAUUCUCCAUGCAUCUCAGAACUGGAGAGCAUUCUCUGUGUCGCUUCCCCUUUAACUCAUCAUUUAGUAUUGUAAGUCAUGGUGAGCACAAGUAUGCACAGAAGUGCAGUAGUCAGACCCAAAAGGAGGCACAGGCAGAGACACGAAGGGAGGGAGGAGCCUGUCUGUGGCGUGGAGGGCUAAUGUCAGCCUUAGUUGUCACUUUGAGUCAGUACCCUUGCACAUCUUCCUUUCAUUCAGUGUUUUUGGAGUGCCUACUACAAAGCAAUUGCUUUCAUGUGGGUUUUUAUUUUGUGGUUUUGUUUCUGGUUUUUUUUUUUCUUUCUUUUCUUUUGUUUCUGUGGUUUCUUUCUUUCGUUCUUUCUUUCUGUAAAGAUUUAUUUAUUUGUUAUGUAUACACUGUUCUGUCUGCAUGUACACCUGUGCACCAGAAGAGGGCAUCAGAUCUCAUUACAGAUGGUUGUGAGCCACCAUGUGGUUGCUGGGAAUUGAACUCAAGACCUUUGGAAGAGCAGCAGCCAGUGUACCUAACCUCUGAGCCAUCUCCAGCCCGUUUCUGUUUUUUUACUUAUGCCUCCUCACAAUUUAUAAAGCCAGUGCUUUACCUUAUUCAUGAAUCAGAACACUGGCCAGAGAGGAUGAAUAGUUGACCUAGGUCAUAUGGUUAGGUAAGGAAGUACGAAAUGUGAGAGAUCAUACUCUUUCUCAGGUGAUUCUAGCCAGGUUGGCAAAGCAGAGAUUUUUUUCCUCGGAUGCCUCUGUCCUCCAGGACACCUUCGCCCCCAACUUGCAUCCUUUCCAUGGUACUCUUACAUCCCUUCAGGGCUGCUUCCCUGCUAGGCUUUUAGAAGGACCAGAGCUGGACAGAUGGCUCAGCCAUUAAAGCUGCUCUUCCAGAGGAUUCAGGUUCAAUUCCCAGCACCCAGGUGGCAGCUCCCAAUGUUCUGUAACUCCAAUUCCAAAGGACCUAACUCCCUCUUCUGGCCUUUACAGGCACUGAGUGCACCUGGUGCACAGAAAUACAUUCAGACAAAAUACCCAUAUAUAUUUUCUAAAAAGCAGGACCCUUAGGCCAGGCUUGGUGGUGCAUUCCUUUAAUCCCAGAAAUCAGGAGGCAGAAGCAGUUGUAUCCCUGUGAGUUUGACACCACUACAAAUUGAGUACCAGGACAGCCAGUGCUACACAAGCAACCUUGUCUCAAAAAACAAACACACAAACAAACAAACAAAAAACAGGGCCCUUGAUACAAAUCUUCAGAGGCAGAAAAAGCAACUGUUCCUAUUUCUAAGUCAUUGAUUGCCUAGGCUGUGUGGUUGGGCCUUCUUGUGGAGGGCUGAGUCAGACUUCAGUUUCUGAGUGCCCAGAUUAUCAAGACUGAAUUUGAACAGACCAGUAGGUGACUGGUUUAUAGUCCAUGUAGUUUUUCUUUUCUUCUUAGAUAGGGUCUCAUGUAUCCCAGACUGGCCUCAAAAACCUUGACUUGGUUUGGGGAUUAAGGGGGGAAGGUAGUUUGAAACAGGGUUUUUUGUUUUGCUUUUGUUUGUGUGUUUGUAUGUGUGUGUAGCUUUGGCUGCCCUAGAACUUCUCUGUGGACCAGGCUAACCUCGAACUCAGAGAUCUGCCUGUCUCUGCCUUCUGAGUGCUGGGAUUAAAGGCCCAGCUCUUUUGUGUUGUUUGUAUUUUGACAGGGUUUCUCUGCGUAGCCCUGGCUGUCCUGUAACUCACUCUGUAAGUCAGGCUGGCCUCGAACUCAGGGGUCCAUUUGCCUCUGCUUUCAGAAUGCUGGGAUUUAAGGAGGUGUGUGCCACCACCACCUGAAACCUUGAACUUUGGAUCCUCUGCCUCUACCUCCUGGAUGCUAGUCACUCCUGGCUUAUGUGGUGCUGGGGAAUGAACCCAAAGCUUUGUGCAUGCUGGCCUGCUGAACUAUGUCCCGAGACUUAUCUUCUAAUUUUUUGAGAAUCUCUUUAAGCUAUGAAUAGCAGGGAAUUUAUUUUGUAAAAUGUGCCAGGCAUGGUGGCAUAUACCUUUAAACCCAACUCCCUGGAUAUAGAGGCAGAUGGAUUACUGUGAAUUCAAGGCCAGCCUGUUGUACAUAGCAAGUUCAGAGUGAAACCCUGUCUUGAAACAUACAUUUUAAAAUGUACCCAUAAACCAAAUAAGCUUAUGGAAAGUUCCUAGACAUGAAAAAAUAAAAGCUGUCCUCUCCCAGCCUCAGCCUCAGCCAGAAAGUAGACCAUCAUGAAACUGGUCUGGCAGGGUAUAAACCCCUCUGCCUAGAUGCCCUUGAAUAGUUCUGCAGAUCUCAUGGAAGUGAUUGAGCUACCUGUAAUGAUGACACCAGAGACAAUAACUCAGCUGCAUUAAAUGUCACAACGAUUGUCUGUUCCUAUAGCCUGGUAGCACUGUUUCCUGGCAGACUACAGUACUCGUGUCUUGUUUCCUCAAGAGAACUGUAUUUGCUUCUGUUAACUUUUAUAGUCUAAUCUAUUUGGCACUAUCUAGAAUAGUGUUACACUCUUAAGUCCUUCCUUGCUUAUAAUUUAGAUACGUUGUGUGCUUAUUGGCAAAGCAAGCUUUGUCCUCUUGCCUACAUCUUGGGGGAGAUUUCCUAUCAGUGUAAACCCUUUAGCCAUGGCUGUUCUUCCUGUCACUGUGGCUCACAGCUUGAGACCACAGAAUAGAGACUGCGAUGGGAGUGAAGUUAAGACACAGGACUCAGGGCUCACACAGGAUCAGAAACUGCCAUUCAAAUGAGGUGCUGUCUUUAGUGAGAGGGAGACAGAAAAUCCUCCUUGUAAGGAACAGCAGAGCUUGAAGGAGCCUGUGACCUUGUUCAUCACUCAAGCCAGGAAAACAUCUAAGCUCCAUUGAUCAGCUCCAGGCUGACAGCUUGGGAGAAGUGACCGGUAAGAAAAUAGCAUUGCUGUGCAUGCUUCUGGGAACUAUUAGAAUUUACAAGACAUGCCGAACCCUGCUGGAGCCAGGGCCAGCAGGCUGGCUGAGCUGUGUGCAGUUCUCAUUCUCACCUUUAUUCUCCUCACAACUGGCACUGCCAGGAGGCACCUGGGGAAUCCCAACAGGUUCUCGUUGCAACUGGCCUACAUGACCAAUCCGUUGUCUCUGCAUGCACUGCUCCUCACAGGAGCUGGCUUUUAAUUAUUUUUCAUGUAAGGUGUUAGAUUGCUGUCCGAUAUAUUUAUUUUGGGAAAGGGCCAAGUUAGUAUACAUCUUAAUGUUUGGGCCUGCACUGUUGAUACCUCAUGCAGUAUCGAGUAACUGUUAUAGACUGAGUCUACAUUUGCAUCACACUCAGUUUUUAGAGGUAGAGAUAGAAGUGCUCUGUGACCAGAGUGAGGAAUGACACAUGUGAAAUUAGUUGGCAGUGAAAAAUGCUGAGAAAUCUGGCCACCUGAUCCAUUGCAUCUAGAGUGAGUGUAUUUUACAAAGUGAACAUUAAACAAUUUUACAUACAGAA